CCAAACAACGCCUUGUUUGACCCGGAAAAGGAAACCCUGAAACAAGCGGCGCCAUCAUGUGGCUCCGCCCCCACCGCUUUCGUCAUCAUCGUCGAGGUGAAAGUUGAGAGUGGCAAAAACAUGGUAGAGCACGGGGACGUCCGCGUGGUUCACAAAGGUGGCAGUAAAAUUAAUUUCAGGGAGCCCGCUUUAAGCAUUGACUCGAGGUUCCUGUUGUGCGCCUCCGGAGAGUGUGUGAAGGUAUUCAGCACUUCCACAGAGGAGUGCUUACAUGAGCUGCAGGGACACACAGACUUGGUCACAGGUGUGCUGCUCAGACCGUCCAACCAUCUGCAGGCUUACUCUUGCUCACUAGAUGGCACUGUCAGACUUUGGGACUUCACAGACGGCAUUCCCAUUAGGACUUAUGUCAUUGGAUACCCUAUUCAUGGCAUCUAUGCAUCUGCAAAACAUGAAGGUGUCAUCUUUAUUAUCACCCCUAUGCACACGGACACCAAUUCUGAGUUGUUCCAGCUGGUUGCGGUACAUCUGCCACAGAGUGGAGAGCAGCUGGUGGAGGCCAGAGAGCUCUCCGCUGUGCUCAGCAACGUCAGUUCCAACCCAGCAGCCACCGCCUUUGGUAGAGAGGGACAAUACAUAGUUUCAGCAAAACCUUUGGAGCUGGAAGUUUACUUCUUUAAGAAGCAAAAAUCCUACAGCUUUUAUCUCAAAAAAGACAACCAGAAAGGAGGCAAGAACACAUUUACAUGCAUUACCUGCCACCCAACAGAGGACUGUAUUGCAUCAGGGCACGAAGAUGGCAAGAUCCGCCUGUGGAGAAACUUUAACCAUAAGAAGGAGUACACAUACUCCACACUGCACUGGCAUCACAGCGCUGUGAGCUCCCUGCGAUUCACUCCAGAAGGCACCAACCUGCUGAGUGGAGGUGUGGAGUCGGUACUGGUUCAGUGGCGCUACAACCAGGAGAGCCAGCGAGACUUCCUGCCCCGCCUGGGCGGAGCCAUCACACACAUUUCAGUUUCUCCGGAUGGAGCUCUGUUCUGUACUUCACACAGUGACAACAAAAUCACAAUCAUCCAAAGUUGUGUCAAAGUGUCCGCCGUGAUUCAAGGUCUGGUCAAAGGUGACGGUAUCAGGACAGACUUGAUGAUUGACCCUCGAAGCAAAGCUCUGGUGUUGAAUGGGAAACCAGGGCACCUUCAGUUCUACUCUCUACAGAGAGACAAACUAUUGUUCAAUCUGGACAUAGUGCAGCAGGAGUACAUUCAUGAAUCAGGCCUGCAGCAGUUUGAGGUGGUUAUGGCUGCGUUUGAUGCCGGGGGAAGCUGGCUCGCCACCGUAGAAGAAAGAAAACAGAAAGACGCCGAGCUGGAGCUUAGCUUGAAACUCUGGGCAUUUGAUGAUCGGAGACAGAGUUUUGUGCUGAACACAACUAUCUCGGCCCCCCACGAGGCACAGAUUACAGCCUUGUGCUUUCCCCACGUGUCUGACGGGCAGACCACCAUGUUGGUGUCCACCAGCAGGGAUGGACACUUCAAAGCCUGGCAGCUGGCUGCACCAGCCCACACAGAAGCUGACAAAGGCCUGUCCUGGUCCUGUGAUUUUGUGGGGGCCUACCACAGCCUGGUACCUGAGCGCUGCUGCUUCUCAGCCGACAGCUCCCUGCUGGCCGUGAGUUUCCAGGAGGUUGUGACCGUGUGGACUCCGGCCUCCUGGGAGCUCCUGACAACGCUCUCCCAGCCGCCGGGCGCCAUCAGGGAUCUUUGUUUUGGCCGGCUAAGCUGUUCCAAGUAUCUGCUGGCAGCCACGACCAGCAAGCUGCUCUGCUGUUGGAACCUCCUCACCUGCUCCUUGGAGUGGGUCACCUCCAUGGACGUCAGCCUGCUGCGGGCUGAUCCUCUCUCUGAAAACAUGGCUGCCUUCUGCUUUGAAGCUGGAUCCACAGACUUGUUUGUGUUCAAGCCCUGUGAGCCACGGCCGCUGUUUUCCCAUAAGGCUUUGUGCUCGGGGAGGGUGACUCAUGCUGUUUUUGCCCCAAGAGAAGUGAUGCUGGAGAGCUGCGAUGAAAGCAGCCAGUGGCUAAACUCUUCACAACUUUUCUUCCUCUCACCAUCUAUGGACCUGCUGACGUUCAUCACCAAAGCGGAGGAGGACAGACUAAUGGCUUCAAAUAAGCAGCUUGUGGUCAGUGACGAUGUUGCCAUGACGCCCUUCCACCUGUUGCUGGGGAAACAUCAGAAACAGCAGCAGGACAAUCCGCAGCAGGAGAGCAGCCAGUCUGUGGAGCCGAUACCUCAGCCUUCCAGCUCUGCUGGCAUCAACGAGCUGCUGCAGAUGCCGGCUCACGUUUUACCCUCUGCCAGCUUCCUCUGCUCCAUGUUUGUUCAGUCUCUGCUCAUCUCUGUCAAAGAUCCCAGUGCCAGUGAACAAAACAAAGAGGAGGAGGAAAUGGAAAGUGAGAAAGAGGAAGAGGAUUCCGAUGGGGAAAUGGAAUCCAGAAUCUCAAGACCAGAACACAUGCCGUCAGGGGGCCAGGAAUCGGUGUGCGCUGCCCCCACCCUGACAAAAGAAGAAGCUAGGAAACUCAGGAGACUCAAGAAACUUGAUCACAGUUGGAUGAAAGGUCUUUUAGACAAGUGAACGUAGACGUUUGUCUAAGCUUCUCUUUCGACUCGCUGUGUGGAUUUCAGUAAUGGAGAAAAACAAUUCUCAGAGGAUUAGAUGAUUGGAAGCAAACAUGUUUUAUCAAAGCAAUAUGUGCUGCUUUGGCAGGACUGUGUUAAACCCCCAACAAGAUUUAUUUGCUUUUUUCUGCAAAAACAAAAUCACUUUUGUAUUGUGUUGAGGUUCCUCUGGACUUAUUUACAUCACUGUUUUCUGAAGCAUUCCUAUUAGAUUUGUUUCAGUCAGAUAAUAAACUCUUGUGUCAUAGCUUUGUUUUUUUUCCUGGUUCAUUAUUCCUGUUAAACGUGAGCAAGAUCUACAUAAAAAAAUGUCUACAAUUGGUAGAAGUUCAUUCUACAGAGAAGCUUCAUAUCGUUAAACAUGAUGGUUUUCCGUUACGGAAAUGCAGGAUAUUAUUCCUACUUCCUAGUAUUGUUACUGCAAAGUUUUUCUCCAUCCGAAGUUGCAUUUUCUUGUUUUGUAUGUGAUUUAACUUUCGACUAUUUUGACUGAAUGUCAUCAUGCCUCCACCUCUCAGUUUCAUAUUUCCAAAGUCACUAUUUACUUUUGAGUCAGACGAAGUCCAAGGCUGGGGUCAAACCUUGUUGAUGUUGUGGGCAUGCACAGCAGCAGUGUGUAAUGGUAUUUUAUUACAUACAAAUAUUUAAUAAAAACAUUUUCUUACA